AGACUGGAAUGUGUGAAUUAGAUCGAACAACAAGACUUAAAAUGAGAGAAACAGUACAUUCGUUCCUUUUGAAGCAGAAGACGGAGAGAAUACGGCAAAACUUUAUGAUGAUAACCACAAUGAUAACAAAGCACAGCGUUAGAUUGAUAUUUUGUGCGUUUUUGGUCGUCAGCCUAGUCCAAGAAGCAACCGGGGACGCUCAUUCCUCCUGUCGGUUAUACUGCCAAACAAAUUUUGACAAUAAUAUAUCUGCCCUCAAUUACUGUGUAGAUGUAGAAUGUCCAGCUAUGUACCGAUCACGCGUGAACCGAUUUGGGAAAAGACUAUUCUUACAUAAGUCAGAAGAAACACUUAAUAUGCCGGUAAAAAUCUCAUCUUUGAAAACGGAAACGCCACAUGGAGGAAUAACGGAUUCGGUGAUACAGAACGAGCAGGACGCUGACAUAGUACGAGAAUUAAGAAAACUCAUUGCACAAAGUUUGAGAAAAGAGACCCUGAAAUAACACGAUGGGGGUGUUCUUUGCUUGUUUUGAACAUGAUAUAUCUAUACAGUACUUCAAAGAAUGCAGAUACAUUGUAUGAUAUAUUUACAUAUGCAGACGAUAGUUAUUGUGAAUUGAACUUUUUGUAUAGUAUGAUGUUUUAUUGGGACCUAAUUCCAAAACAUAAAACUGAGAGGAGUCCAGAUAGUUGGACUUUUACACAUAUAACUGCUUCUGGUCUGAAACGACACUUUACUGAUGAGUAGUGACUGUAUCAUAAUUUUGACUAAAUAGUCCAUGGUAUGACUUCCGAAUAUGAAGGAUCCGUACCACACUAUAGCAAAGCAACAUUUGAAGCAAUAUUUAUGGAGGUGCAUAUGUCUUGAUUCUUUUAAAAUACAAUUUGCAGGAAAAACUUCUGCUUUCUAGUCGAAAAAUGUUUUUCAUCACAAGGGGUCUUGAUGGUUGUUUUAUAAGCAUCUGGGCUAUAUCUAACUAAGAGAAAUAGAAUUUUGGAUGUAGUCCCAAUUAGUCAAGGAAGAGCAAUAGGCCCUCCUUUAUUGAUAAUGUUCACCGCUGAAUAAAAGUCCAUGUGUCAAAACGUAUUGAAACCCAUUUUGUGAAAAAGUAGCAUAAUUUAAACAUUUAUCAUUCUAAUAUAAAAGUGAUUCGUUUGUAGCAUUUAUCUUAUGAAUUAAUACCUGAGAAACAAUACAAAACGUCGAUACACUAAUUACAUAGUUUUUGGGUAUUGAUAAGAAAAAUAACCU